AUGGGCUCAUCAUUAUCCUCGGUUUCCAAUUCUUCUACCGAAGACAUUGUCAUAGUAGGCGCUGGCGCCAGUGGCAUAGCAGUGCUUCUUCGCUUGAUCGAACAUGCUAAGGAUGGCAAGAAGAUUCCUCCCAUCAUCGUCGUUGAGAAAGCUUCACCUCCUGGUCCAGGACUGGCAUAUUCUGCCGCUUGUACCGGGACCAUCCUGAACAUGCACACGGACACAAUGGGUCUAUAUUAUAACGACCCCAAGCAUUUUACGAGAUGGAGAAGCGAGCUAGCCAGUGGUCCCUUCCCGUCCCGAAGCCAAUAUGGAGAGUACCUGGAGGCGAUGUGGUCCGAGAUACUCUCGCAAGCCCAACAGAUGGGCUUGGACAUCUCAAUCAUCCAAGACGAAGUAUCCGACAUUGACCGUCAUGACGACAGUACCUUCACCUUGACACUGACAGGGGGGCGUCGCCUUGCUGCCCAAUCUGUCGUGUUGGCGCUGGGGAAUUACACCUCCACUCUCAACACGCACCUGCUGAAUCAACCGGGCUUCUUUCCCAGCCCGUGGCCAACCUCUCAACUAAAGACCAUUCCCGCCGAUGCCUCGGUUCUCAUCAUCGGAUCAAGGCUCUCCGCUGUUGACGCAGCGCUAUUUCUCUCCAAGAAUGGCCACAAGGGCCCGUUGACCUUCAUGUCGCGCAGUGGCCGCCUUCCCAAAGUCCAGGGCGAGCCUGAGCCCUACCCGCGCCGUUACACCCUUCACACCUUGGCCCGAUACAUCGAAUCCAACCCAGCGGACGGUCUUGUCAAGCUCACAACCACCCUUAUGGAUGAAAUUGACGGAGUGAACAACGGAGAUUGGACCUGGAUACAGAAGCAUGCCUCACCGCUCGCUGAACUACGGGCAGACCUAUUCGCGGCACAGGGAGGAAAUGUCCAUUGGCAAACCGUCCUCCGCCACACGGCCCCAGUAAUCGAGCGUUACUGGCACUGUUUGCCUCUAGAAAGCCAGAAGCUAUUCAUGGCCAAAUUCUUCACUCCUUGGAUGCGAUAUCGUCACGGAAUGCCGGUGCAGAAUGCGCAAAAGAUACUCAACCUGAUGGAAACCUCCCAACUUAGUGUCGUCGCAGGAGAGGCUGUCCACUGGGAUGAGGGUGAGGGCGCCUUCAUCGCCCAGACUACCAGCGGGCCCAUAGAAGCAUCCUAUGUCAUCGAAGCAACUGGACAAGAGAGUCAUCUCGAUCGCAUCCCAUCUCCGCUCGUCCAGUCCGCUGUCCGAAAAGGAUUAUUCACCCCACACCCGAUGGGUGGGGUUGACGUCGACUUCCACACCCUCUGUACAUCAACACCCGGCCUAUACACGAUGGGCUCGUUGACCCGCGGCACGCACUUCUACGUCAGCGCCAUCGAUCGAACGGCUGCCCAUGCGGCUCGCAUCGCCGACGCACUGGUCGGGGAGCCCCCUGCCAGACCUGUACAUAUCGCGAUCUUUCUCGGUGCAGACGUGGCCUCGCACCUGAUAGCCAGUGACCUGGUCCCCCUGCUUCUGGCCGAGGGCCAUAUGCCUUUCCUCUUUUUGUCAUCCAGCAAGCAGACACCUUCCUUAGAGGAGUCUGAUAGUCGACCUUUCGACCUGCGCAAACUGGAAUUUUUCGAACGCGAGCUUUUCCGCAAGCAUCUCUGUCCAAGAUUGAAGGAACACAGUUUCAAAGGCGCACGGCACAUGACCGUUGAGCAGAUGCAGACGGCAUACGGGGUCCUUGUGCAAGAAAUACCAGACACGAAGGGUGCCUCGGUCGGCAGAAUGUUGCAAAAAUACUUCAUCGACGUCGGCAUAUCACUGACAUGCGCCGAGGCACCCGACCAGGAUGUUAUUGCUUACUUAUCCUCUUCGUCGCGCUACCUUCUAGCAUUGGAUGCCGGCGUCCUCUCGGCUCCUUGGGACAGCAAGAAAGCUGGAGCCAAGUUUGGGUAUACCCUUCGUGAAUUCCAUGAAGACGGUAAGUUAGGAGACGUGAUUGAUCGCCGGACUACUCCCGUCGGGGAGUCCGCGGCCAUGCUGACAGGUGUGGGCAAGGAGUAUGCGCUUGGAGUGCAGAUGGCUGUUGAUGCAAUUAAGCUGGUGAGUCGGGGAAAGCCUUUGAGCGACGUUGCUUGUCCUCGAUCUAGCGAUACUUCCCGCCAUUGUUAUUUGUCCGCGGAGGAGUUGUGGAAAUAUUGUCAUGAGAGAAGAAUUGAACUGGUGGAUGAUAAGAGGGUUGUGGAAAUGCUGGUGGAGUCAUUUGCCCCGCUGGAAAAGAGGGAGGUGCUGCGAAAGGAGCUGGACGGGGUGGUACAGGAAUGGUAUGCGAAGCAAGAGGUGAGAGAUUCAAAGGAAUAG